AUGACCUCUGAUGGCACAGUCGGACGGGGGCCCAAGGCGGGCUCCCUAGUGGAGGUCAUCGGCAAGGGUCAGCGUGGCACAGUGGCCUACGUGGGAGCCACCCUCUUCGCCUCAGGCAAGUGGGUGGGUGUCAUCCUUGACGAAGCCAAAGGCAAGAAUGACGGCACUGUGCAAGGAAAGCGCUACUUCACCUGCCGGGACGGCUACGGCAUUUUUGUUAGGCAGUCGCAGAUCCAAGUGGUAGACGACAGCGGCGACACCCCAUCUCCAGAGACGCCCGAGCCCGGCCUAACCAAGGUGCCCAAGCGAGACAUCCCGGACACGCCCAAAUCUACCAAGCUGCGAGGAAUCAAGACCAAAAAGGUGCGGCACGUUUCCUGGUCCUUGCUCUACCGUCGAAACCGUCGCGGCGAAAUAGAAAGGAAGAGGCUUUGCCGCCGCUUUUGUCACGUGACCGCACCGUUGACCACAGCGGCCAGAAGGCCCAAGCAAUCAAGUCGUCCGGCAGGCUCCAGUGGGAAGGCGCCAGUGUCCGGCUCGGCCUCUGCGUCAGCCGGUGAGAUGAGCAGCAGCGAGGCCAGCACACCAGCCCAGACGCCGGUGGCGCCCCCAAUGCCCAGCAAGGAGGAGGAGGCCCUUCGCGCUCAGGUGAAGGACCUGGAAGAGAAGCUGGAGACCCUGAAGUUGAAACGUGGUGAGGACAAGUCCAAGUUGAAGGAGCUAGAGAAGCACAAGAUCCAGCUAGAACAGCUACAAGAGUGGAGGAGCAAGAUGCAGGAGCAGCAGGCUGAGCUGCAGAAGCAACUCAAGGAAGCCAAACGGGAGGCCAAAGAGGCCUUGGAGGCCAAGGAGCGCUACGUGGAAGAAAUGUCUGACACUGCCGACGCUGUGGAGAUGGCAACGCUGGACAAGGAGAUGGCGGAGGAGCGUGCCGAGUCCCUGCAGCUGGAGCUGGAUGCCGCCAAGGAGAGGGUGGAGGAGCUCACUGUUGACCUGGAGAUCCUAAAGCACGAGAUCGAGGAAAAAGGUUCCGACGGCGCAGCGUCAAGCUACCACCUCAAACAGCUGGGGGAGCAAAAUGGCAGGCUCAAGGAAGCUCUGGUCAGAAUGCGAGAUCUGUCGGCGUCCGAGAAGCAGGAGCACACAAAGCUGCAGAAGCAGAUGGAAAAGAAGAAUGCGGAGCUGGACGGUUUGAGGGGCCACAAAGAGAGGCUGCAAGAUGAACUGGCGGCAUCCGAGAAGAUCGUAGACGAGCUCAAAGAGCAGGUGGAUGCAGCUUUGGGGGCUGAGGAGAUGGUGGAGACACUGACGGAGAGGAACCUAGACCUGGAGGAGAAAGUCCGCGAGCUGCGGGAGACCGUGGCUGACUUGGAAGCCAUUAACGAGAUGAACGACGAGCUGGCAGAGAACGGUCGCGAGACGGAGCUAGAGCUGAGGGAGCUGCUGGACCUGAGCGGUGCUCGAGUACGCGAGGCCGACAAGCGGGUGGAGGCGGCGCAGGAGACAGUGGCCGACUACCAGCAAACCAUCAACAAGUACCGACAACUCACUGCCCACCUGCAGGAAGUCAACCGGGAGCUGACCAGCCAACAGGAAGCUUCGGCCGAGCUCCGGCAGCAGCCGCCCACCGAGAUGUUUGACUUCAAGAUCAAGUUUGCAGAGACCAAAGCCCACGCAAAGGCCAUGGAGAUGGAGCUGCGAAAGAUGGAGGUGACUGAGGCCAAGCGCCACCUGUCCCUGCUCACAUCUUUUAUGCCCGACUCUUUUGUGCGGCGCGGUGGCGACCAUGACGCCAUUUUGGUGCUCCUACUCCUUCCCAGACUGGUCUGCAAGGCGGAGCUGAUCAGCAAACAAGCGCGGGAAAAAUUUGACCUGAACGAGAACGGGGCGGAGCCCAGUAGACUGCGAGGGUCUGCGGGUGAGCGGCUGAGCUUUGCCGGCGGUCUAGUCUACUCGCUGACCCUCCUGCAGGCCACCCUCCAUAAAUACGAACAGGCCCUGUCGGAGUGCAGCGUGGAGGUGUACAAGAAAAUGGGCUCCCUGUACGCGGAGAUGAGCGUCCACGAGCGCUCGCUCGACUUCCUGAUGGAACUCCUGCGCAAGGACCAGCUGGACGAGACGGUCAACGUGGAGGCACUCACCAAGGCCGUCAACUACUACCAGCAACUCUACGCCGUCCACCUGUCUCAGCAGAGCGAGGACUGCACUGCGCAGCUUGCCGACCACAUCAAGUUUACCCAGAGCGCACUGGACUGUGUGCGGGUAGAGGCCGGCCGCCUGCGGGCCUUCCUGCACGCCGGCCAGGAAAAGGCAGAGCUAACCACACUGCUGGAGGAGCUGGAGACGGCCUGUGGCGACGUGCAACAGUUCUGCAAGAAGAUCCGACGACGCAUGCCAGGCACUGACGCGCCGGGAAUACCGCCCUCCCUCGCCUUCGGACCGCCGGUUUCAGAGGCGCUACGCGAGUGCCGCAAGCAGCUGACGUGGGCGGUGGCGCUUCUGCAAGAGGUGGCUGCGGCGGGGGCCCAGAUGAUGUCUCCGCUGGGCGAACAGGAGGGGGGCCUGCCGGCUGCCAAGCUACACGACGUGGCCUUCAAGGCCGGAGAGCAGAUUUACGGACAACCAGGCGCAAAUCCGUACGAAUGCCUGCGUCAGUCGUGCCGUAUCGUCAUAGCGACCAUGAACAAGAUGGCCACAGCCAUGCAGGAGGGCGAGUACGACGCCGAGAGGCCUCUCAUCAAGAACCCACCUCCCGUGGAGCUUCGGGCGGCCGCUCUGCGUGCGGAAAUGACCGACACGGAAGGUUUGGGGAUGAAGCUAGAGGACAGGGAGACCGUAAUCAAGGAGCUCAAGAAGUCGCUCAAAAUUAAGGGCGAAGAAUUGAGCGAGGCCAAUGUUCGUCUGAGCCUGCUGGAGAAAAAGCUGGACAGCUCUGCCAAAGACGCUGACGAGCGUGUGGAGAAGAUCCAGACACGGUUGGACGAGGCCCACCAACUCCUCAAGAAGAAAGAGAAGGACUUUGAGGAGACGAUGGACGCCCUGCAGGCCGACAUUGACCAGCUGGAGGCGGAGAAAGUCCAGCUGAAGCGGCGCUCCAGUGUCGGCCCUUCGGCCCUGCCUGACGCUCCUGGCUCUGUCGGAAUGCCCAGUGAGAAUGGUUUAGCUCAGAAAAAAAAUCUUUGUGAUAGAAGCGAGAUUGUGCAGGUGGUUGACUCUCCACUCUUGACGCGGCAGUUAGAAGCUCAGCGACUUUGCAUCAAGCAACUGAAGAACCAAAACAUGUGGCUGAAGGCAGAGAAGAUGCGCGAGCAGCUGGCGGCGCUGCCCCCGUUACAUGUGGCCAAGCUACCCAUGCAUGGGCACGGCCAGGAUGAGGGGCCCUUCUCUGGCGCGCUCUACAGGAAAACUGAGCAGCUGCUGCAGACGCUGCUACAGAUGAGCGCCAACGUCAAAGUGGUCGACAUCACUGGAAAAUGCCCCAUGAGUCCAAGCGCUCAACUGAUGGAGCAGACGGCUCGCUUGCAAUCGAUGAGAGAAACGCUGGACAGACUCAAGGAUGAGGUGGCCGACCACGUUGUUCGGCGUCGGCCCGGUGCUCGCGUGCCGUCAGACUUCGCUACCUUCCCUACAGCCUCCUUCGUCAAGGCCGACGAGGAGAAGCGCGGCGAUUUCGUACUGGCAGGCCGCGUGCUAAUCCCGUGCCCUCGGGGUCAAGAGAGGGUCCACCGCCUGCUCCUGACGCAACACCAGCUCCGCCACGUCCACGGACUGCUGCGUGCCUGA